AUGGCUUCGUCCGUUGCUCUGCUCUUUCUUUUUCAGAACACCGUAGAUAAAUUAGUGCAGCGUGCAAACGCCUCCAUCCUGAUCGGAACGUCGUCGUGGAAGGAACAGUUCGUCGAAGCACUCACCGUCAGUGCCGGCGAUGAUGACGGCGGCGAGAACGAAGGCGAGGACCCGCCAACGCCCAGCUGUAUGGACUACAUCAUGCACUUCCUCACCGUGUUCUGGAAGCUUAUCUUUGCCUUUAUUCCGCCAACCGAUAUGUCCGGAGGAUACCUGUGCUUCGUCGUGUCCAUCUUCUGCAUCGGUGUCGUGACGGCCAUCAUCGGGGACGUUGCGUCGCAUUUCGGUUGCACGCUCGGCAUCAAGGAUUCAGUCACUGCCAUCAUCUUCGUUGCCCUGGGAACGAGUAUACCAGAUACGUUCGCCAGUAAGGUCGCAGCCAUUCAGGAUAAGUACGCCGACGCCAGUGUCGGUAACGUGACGGGUAGUAAUGCGGUCAACGUGUUCCUCGGUCUUGGCGUCGCCUGGACGAUUGCCGCCUGCUACCACAGUUACCAUGGCAGAGUUUUCGAAGUGAAUCCCGGCACCUUGGCCUUCUCCGUCACACUGUUCUGCUCGGAAGCGUUGGUUGCCAUCUUGGUGCUGGUCCUGCGAAGAAACCCCAAGAUCGGUGGCGAACUCGGUGGCCCGAAGAAUAUGAAAAUCCUCACCUCAAUGUUCUUCUUCUCGCUGUGGAUCGUGUACCUGCUGAUCAGCAGCUUGGAGGCCUACGGCAUCAUCAAAGGUUUCUAAACGAGACACGCAGAAAAUGCAGCCAGCAACGGCAGGGAACUGGAAAUCGCACCGUCCUAGCAGUACCAGCGAUCUAUCGGUUCACUGCGUUCCAUGUUCCGUGGAGCAUUUCAAAACUCACUGCUCACCUACCACCACUGGUCUGGGUGGGGGUCACCAUAACAAAAAUAAGCCACGUAAAAAAGCUUGCGACAAAAGACAACACGCGACACUUUCGCGCAACGCAUAUUGAAAUAGCAGACAAACUAGCUUUUGGGUUUAUCGUAGAUAAAUUUUCAAAUCCAAAUCAAGACCACUAGCCGUAAACCGGGCCAUCGAAAAUGUUUAUAGCAACUGUAAAAUAGUGCACCUGACAAACAACCAGGCGGCUUGGGACCGUCCGGGAAGCUCGGCGGAAGGACACACCGCUUGACUGGCGUUCUCAACCGGAUGCCCAUUGAGCUGCUAGGG